UAACUUGUUUCAAAUAAACAAAACCGAUGCUGUUAUCAAUAUCAAGUAUAAUAAUACUGUUGCUCUAUACUGCCUUAAUCUGAACCCUCCGCUAGCACCACCCUCAGUUGAACAGCGACCGCUGAAGACCCGGUCAACUUAAACGGCUCUACUGCGAAGCCAGCAGUCACCAGUGCAGAUGCGCCCAAUAGCAGACAAGGGAAAGCUAGACGUGUAUUCGGCUUUGCAAAAUUAAAAAGAUCGAGAAUUUAAUCUGUUAUUUUAACCGAAAAACAUAAUCCUUAAAUUUUAACUUCAAUUAUUUAUGUUCAGUACACAAUACGCCUAAUUUUCUUUUUCGUUGCCGGGUGUUUCUGAAAGUGUUUGGAAGGAAACGGUUAUGGACGCUUGCUCUGUUUCUGAAGAAAAUGCCCAUGUUAUAAUAAUGGAUUCGAGUCCUGCUGAGGGACCUGAACAGGAAACCUCACUAAGUGAGAUACCAGAGGUGGCACUAUGCCCUCCAGAGAGCCCAGAUAGGGAGCCAAGGCUGACCUUGAUCCACACAGAUGGGGAUCGUCUCAGCAGCCCAGGUCACCCGAGGACAGCCUCCCUCUCCCAGCUCUAUCACCAGGUGUCACAGGGCUGCUCCCACCAAUCUCCACUCCUCAAGAGAUGCCGCUAUUGUGGGCAUCGGCAACCAGUUACAAGCAGCCUCUGCCCUGAGCGCCACUCAGGCCCAGCCAGCCCCCGACCAGACUGCUCCUCCGCCACCGUCAAGACCGCCGACAGCUGUAGCCCCUCCCAUGUGCCCUCAUGUCAUGACACUAUUCAUUGCCAUUGGCUGCAGGGAUCACAUGAUGCUGGCAAUCACCAAGCAAUGCAGCACCACGUGGUGACCGUCAGACACGAAAGACUCUACAGAAUCCCCAGAAGUUACUCACAGUUGGUUGCCGAUUGUCCAGUGGCACUGCUUAUUACUUGUGCUGUGGUCUUCCUGGGGUGUUCCCUAGCUGGGAUUUUGACUGGUCCGCUACCAGACUUCUCUGACCCCCUCUCCGGAUUUGAGCCUCGUGGGACAGAAAUCGGGAGACGGCUGUCAGCCUGGAACAGGCUACAGGAGAACACAGGGCCCGAGAAAACAUUGUCCCUGUCCCCUCGGCAACUCACAGAGCAGAGAGUAAUCAGUUAUGAUGAGGAGGGUGGAGGAGGCACUGGGAAGAGCCGUGACUGGCCAAGCCCACGACAGAGGAGAAUGCUGGACUGGGAUUUCACUCAGGACACCUUCUUCUGUGACUCUCCAGGAGAGAAGUAUGCUCAGCUGGUGUUUCGCUCAGGGAACUCAGCCAGCCUCUGGAGUUUGCAAGCCAUACACUCCAUGUGUGAGAUGGAACAGGCAAGGAUUCGCUCCCAUGCCCUCUUCCAAGACCUCUGUAAGCACCGUGGUGGGGAAGAUGGGGAAGGAGACACAGGAAUGCGGGAAUGCUGCCCGAGCUGGUCCCUGGGGAACUACCUAGCUGUUUUGAGCAAUGCCACCUCUUGCCUUGGUCUGAGUGCAGCUCAGGUUUCCGAAAGUCUACAACUACUCCGCCAGUGUGCCCCUUACUACCAUGAUGGAAGCCUGGCCCCAGCCUGUGCAGAGAAGGGAAAGCUAGGCCAAUGUUCCACUGUGCCAUCCCAGUGCAAGCACUCUAGUGCCAUCUAUCAAAUAUUGCAUUACUUGGUAGAUAAGGAUUUCCUCGGACCUCAGACUAUAGGAUAUAAGGUGCCUUCACUGAAGUACAGUCUCUUGUUUCUGCCUGUGGAGAAGGGGGAUCAUAUGAUGGAUAUGUAUCUCGAUAACCUUGAGGGUCGUGAUCUAACUAAUGAUAACACUACCAUCACAGGCAUGGACUUGGGGAUCAAAAAGCAGCUUUUCCAAUAUUAUUUGGCAAGGGAUUCGGUGUACCCUGUCCUAGCAGUAGUCAUGCUUUUUCUCACUAUGGCUUUCUAUCUUCAUUCACUGUUCCUGUCAGCAAUGUCUCUAGCGGCAAUCUUGGGUUCUCUUAUGUCCUCCUACUUCUUUUACAAGGUUGCUUUCCGGCUGACAUUUUUCCCUUUUCUAAACCUUGCUGCACUAUUGGUCCUGUUGGGCAGCUGUGCCAACCAGGCAUUUAUUUUUGCUGACCUCUGGUCCCUCCAGCUGUCUCAGAAGCCCCCUGCAUCACUGGAGAAAAGGGUGAAGCGGGCUCUUCAGGAAGCGGGAUACCUGAUAUUGGUGUCAGGUUUGACCUCCAGUGCUGCAUUUUACUCAGGGUACAUGAGUAGCAUCACGGCAGUCAGAUGCUUUGCAGUGUACCUUGGUACGGCUACUCUGAUCAGUUCUCUCUCUUCCCUGGUUUGGUUGCCCUGCAUCCUGAUUUUGCACGAGCGCUAUGCCGUUGCAGCUGCUGCUGUUGAAGCUCCGGCUGGAAAAACCUGUUGUGCCCUAAGCCCAGGUGGAUUCUGGGAUACAAGUUCACGAAAACGUUGCCUUUUCUCACUAGGACAGAAGCUAAGGGGGUUAAGACGUGGACUGACUGACACCUCUGAUUUACUCUUCAUAAAGAUCCUGCCAUGUGGAGUGGUCAAGUUCCGUUACAUCUGGGUCUGCUGGUUUGCUGUACUGGCAGCAGGAGGCACCUACAUAACCUGCGUCGACCCCGGCAUGAAACUCCCAACUUUAGAGAGCAAGGCAGCCCAGCUGUUCCGCUCUAGUCACCCCUUUGAGCGAUACGAUGCAGAGUACAGCCAUCAAUUCAUGUUUGAGCGUUUGAAGAGUGGGGAGGAGAAACCUAUGACAAUAACUCUUGUUUGGGGGGUGCUCCCCACAGAUAAUGGAGAUCACUUGGACCCCAAAAGCAAUGGUUCAUUAGUACUGGACCCAGAAUUUAACAUGAGCAGCCCAGACGCUCAAUCAUGGCUGAGAGACCUUUGUCCAAGAAUACAAAAUCAGAGCUUUUAUCUGCCUAUUUCAUCAUCCUCUGAAGAGGAGAAGCAGGGAGACAGCGUGUGUUUUGUGGAGCGGCUCUUACGAUGGGUGUCAAUUAGACAGUGCUCUGAAAGCGAGGGUGCCUAUAGUCUUUGCUGCAAUGAUAUUCUUUUCCCUUACCUUCCAGGUGUUUUUGAACACUGCCUCGGUAUGAUGGCAGCUGAGAAGGAAGCAGAGGGCUUCCUCUUUGACACUGGAGGGCCACGGUUUGACUCAGAGGGACGAAUUACAGCCCUGAUUCUCGAGUUCACGACCACUCACCUCCAUAGUUAUAAUUACAGUCAAUCUGCUCAUUUCUAUCAGCAAAUUGAGGCCUGGUUCCACAGAGAAAUUUCUGGGGCUCCGCCAGGCCUGCGCAAUGGUUGGUUUGUGAGCCAGUUAGCCCUCUAUGAUCUUCAGCAAUGUCUAAGCUCUGAGACCCUGGUUGUGACAGGGUUUUCGGUAGCUCUUGUGUUUGCCAUGCUUCUCCUGACAACCUGGAACAUUCCCCUGAGCAUCUAUGGAUCUGCUGCAGUAGGAGGGAGUGUUUUUGUCACAGCAGGCCUGUUGGUGCUCCUUGAAUGGCAAUUGAGUGGCUUAGAAGCUCUUUUCAUCUCGGCAGCCGCAGGGCUUUCUGUAGACUUUGCUGCCAACUACUGUGUUUCCUAUAGCCUCUCCCCACACCCUGACCGUCUUGGAAGGGUAGCACACUCCCUGAAGAGAAUGGGCUGUCCUGCAGCCAUAGGUGCUGGGGCUUUCUUCUGCAUGGGUAUCAUCAUGCUGCCUGCCACAGCAUUGCUAUUCCGCAAACUGGGCAUCUUCUUGCUGCUUGUGAAGUGUGUGGCUUGUGGAUUUGCCACCUUCUUCUUUCAAUCUCUCUGCUGCUUUUUUGGGCCCCAGAAGAACUGCGGGCAGAUCUUUUGGCCUUGCACAACAGCAAGUGGGCACUAUAAGGCAGAUUCAGAGUCUGGAAAUCUUCUCUCUACUGCAGCAGCAGGAUCCUCCAAUUCUGCUGCCAAUGGGGCUUUUGGGUGUGGAGGAAGGUCCAGGGUGAGGAGGAGUUUUGGAAAAGCGGAGGGAGGAGGGCAGCUCUGCCCGAGUCAACAGCGCCAAAGGCAAAGACAGGGAGGCGGAGGAGGCAGGGAGUCUGAACAGUACGAGUUGCAGCCGCUUGCCUGUCAGCUCAGUGACAGUUUUGAAAAUAGCACCUGUACAAGUAAGCUGUCCAACAGACCCUCUGUGCUGUCUGAGGAAAUACAGUUCCGCAGCCUGAGCCCCAGAAAAGACUUAGAGGAGUUUAAUACAGAGGAUGACAGUGAGGAAUUAACCAGCAGGCACCUCAAAACCUUCCCACCUCCCCCAGCACUGCAGACCUCAUCACCAUACAAGGAGAACACCCUACGUCCAGUGGUAGUACCCCCCAGUGAAAUGGUCCAGGAAAGGCUCUUGUGUAGGAGGUGCAGGGGCCAGGCUGGAGGCAUUAAGCACUGGAACGUCUCACUGUCAUCCUCCUCAAGUAUGGAAGAUAUCAUCAUCAGCAGUCAGCCCCCAGACAUGGACCAUCGGCACUCCCUUUCCAUUGAAGGGGCAAUGAGUAGCCCUUUUAAACGCCAUCCCCAUCGACGUCUUCUUUCAUCCCAGUCUCAGAGCUCUUUUGAGGGGCUGGAGGACUCAAAUGAGACGUGCUUAAGUGAUGUUGAACCUGGACCUGCUACCCCACAGCCCACAACUGAGGCUCAAGCAGAAUCGCAACCAGGAUACCUCAAUGGCAAGAGGGACACACUGCGCCUUUCUUUGAAGGAGACCGUGUUUGAGGCUUCAUCCCAAGGCAUCGGAAGAGGAAGGACAAGCCAGGGGGAGCUGCCUGUAAUCUUGCCUAACAGCAAACCAGACCUUCCAGAUGUGUGGAUCAAGAGGGAAGGACGAAGUGGGGAUGGUAGCUGAUAAUGAUGGUUUACAAUGUGUUUAUGUUCAUAUACAGCAUUUAAGCCACUGUUGUGUUGGAUUCAGUAUGGGCAAGUUUAUUUUACUCAAUGGUACUUUUUGGGUUGCCAACACCCCACCAAGCCAACCAGUGUCUGCUGUAUUGAGUAAAAUUACCAGCUUAGGCGAUCAACACUCUUUAUACUCAGCACAGUAAAUUACUGUGACACGGGAGUUGCUGGAAUUUAAAUUUGUAACAUAAAAAAAGGCAUAUACUGAUUGCUGUUUGUGGCACACAGCUCUUCUUAAAGAUUUCCCAAACAGGUUUUCAUCUUAAAAUGUACAGAUUUGGUUUCUCUAUAACCACAUAUAACUGAGUGGACCAAACAUGGAACCAUGGAAAUGUAUGGGUGUCUGUAUUGCUGUGAGAAAACUAUUGAUCAAAUGAAAUUUGAGAGUUCUGGAUUGGAUACGGUCCUUGGAAUUUUCUGAGAGAUGUCAAAUAUUAGCAUAACUUCCUAACACUGAGAACUGGGAUUACUCAGUGUCACUACUGACAGUUCUGGUGGACAGAAGAAAAUUCUCUUUUUCUGAAUACUACACCUUGAAAACCCUGGUUCCAAUGCACCUGAAGUCCUCAAACAGCACGGCAUUUUAGUGACACAAGGAAGAAGACCACUCACAACUGUUUGGAGGGAUCUGAUGUUCUGGCGAGUUUAUUAGCCAGUACAAAAGGAGUUAAAAGUUCAACUACAUCAGCCAAUACCCAAGUAAUGUCAUAAAAUACUUCACUAAAGCCAGACAGCAUUUAGAUUUGUGAGAACUCAAAUAUCUAAAGGUUUAGAAGACUUAAAUAUUUUUCCAAGCUACUCAUGCCUUAUUGAUGUAGUAGUAGAAGGUUUUUACUUUCUGAACUAUUUUUGGUAUUCCAGACCUUACUGAAAGGGUAAAAAAUAUAAACUGCAUUUAAUAGA